AAAUUAUAAAAAAAAAAAAAAAUCUACUUCCACUUGUAAAAUUUUUCCCAAUAAAUGGCCCCUCCAAUUGUCAAGCUUUUCCAUUCCCUCCCGUCUCAGACGAAGUUGAAAUAGACUAAAACCACAAAUUCCGACCUUCUAUGGCCACAAGAGUCCUCCAAUCACCAAAGAUCAUCCAAAAGUUCCGCUACUUCACCAGAACCCUCAACUCCUCCGCCUCCGCUUCCCCCCCUAUCUCCGAUGCCUCCCCUUUAAAUAUCGACGGAAAACCCAUCCCCAUCAUCGAAACAGAGCCGGUCACCACCACACCAACACCAACUAUUGACCUCCAUGAUCACCGGAAGCUAUUCGCUUCUCUCCCCACCUUCAAGCUGCUCCGUUCGGCAGCCAACCUCCACCUGGCAGCGAUCGAGCCGGUGGUGGAUUUUGGUAUGUGGGUCAUGAAUUCUAGGCUGAUGGAAACAGGGGUGGUAAGAGAUGUUGUGCUGUCGACCAUAAAGCAUACUUUUUUCGAACACUUUUGCGCCGGAGAGACGGAGGAAGAGGUGGAAACGUGCGUACGGAGGAUCAAUGAGGCGGGGUUGGAAGGGAUUCUGGAUUACGCGGUGGAGCAUACCAGCGACAACGCUGGUUGUGAUCGGAACUUGCAGGGCUUUCUCGGUACUGUUCAAUUGGCCAAGUCGCUGCCUCCAUCUCCUGCAAGCUCUAUCGCUGUGAAGAUUACUGCAAUAACCCCCAUCAGCCUUCUCAAGAGAAUUAGUGACUUGUUAAGGUGGCAAUACAAGGACCCUUCUUUUAAUCUUCCCUGGAAACUAAAUUGUUUUCCCAUUUUCUCCGAGUCCAGUCCUUUAUAUCACACCCUCGAGAGGCCUGAACCAUUAACUCCAGAAGAAGAACAAGACUUCGAAUUAGCCCAGCAGAGACUGCUCAAAAUCUGCCAGGAGUGCGCGGAAGCUGGUAUUCCAUUAAUGAUUGAUGCAGAGGACACAUAUCUGCAACCUUCAAUUGACUACUUCACGUACUCAACAGCCAUCAACCACAACCGGGAUGAUAACCCAGUUGUUUAUGGGACAAUUCAGGCGUACCUUAAAGAUGCAAAAGAGAGGCUGCUUUUGGUGACAAAAGAUGCGGAUAAGCAGGGAGUUCCCAUGGGGUUCAAACUGGUGAGGGGUGCUUAUAUGACUAGUGAGAGGAAACUUGCUUCUUCAUUAGGCUUCGAGUAUCCAAUCCACAACAGCAUUCAGGAAACGCACGAUUGCUACAAUUCAUGUGCCGCUUUUUUGCUGGAGAGGAUUGCUGAUGGCAAUGGUGGAGUUAUUCUUGCAACACAUAAUGUUGAGUCAGGGCAACUUGCAGCGACUAAGGCACGGAAUUUGGGAAUCGGGAAGGGGAAUCAUAAGCUUGAGUUUGCGCAGCUUUAUGGAAUGUCAGACUCUCUCUCCUAUGGAUUGAGCAACGCAGGAUUUCGAGUUGGCAAGUACUUGCCAUACGGACCGGUAGACAAGGUGAUUCCAUACCUGCUAAGAAGGGCUGAAGAAAACAGGGGAAUGCUGUCCACUUCAACCCUUGAUAGGCAGCUGAUGAGUAAGGAGUUGAAGAGGAGACUGAAGAACCUGAUAUUUUCCGUGGCAUAGAUGACAGCGGGUUAGCGCAUCAAGGACCAAAGGUAGACAACGUUUGGACAAGACCAUCCCCAAAGAAGUUUGAAAAUAUGCUGAAAAAAAAAAAUAAUAAUAAAGAAGGAAGGUAGAAGCUGUUACAUAAGAAAUUGAAGCAUUAGCCUAGUUUUAGGAAAAUGGGGAUGGACAGGUUUGUUUUUGGGACAACAUAAAUUUGAGCAAAAAGCUAGGAAAUAUCUCUGCUUUCAUUCUUAAAUAACAAGGAAGUAAAAAGAAAUGUAACCUUGGCAACUGGCAAGCUGCCCAUUUCAAUGAAAAUUGUAUUUAUGG